CUUCUCUUCCUUGUGCAAAUGUUCUCGCCCGUACUGAGACGAUCUUUGGUAACUGCCGCUGCUACAAGUGCUGUUGUGGCAUCUUCCAUGCCCUCUACUGUUUAUGCCGAGGAGAAAAAGCUUAGCAUUUACGAUGAGCCCAAGCCAAAGGUUAUUAUUGUCGAGUCUCCCACAAAGCUCGAGGAACACGUCGCUUAUGCUCAAAAGUACGCCAACAACACAAUCGAAGAGGGCAAGGGUCAUGUAGAUUCUCUUCACCAAAAGUUGAAGAACUUUGAAAACGACGUCAAAGCUACUGUUCGUGAAACCGUCACCGAUGAAGACGUUCUUCCCAACGCCCUGUACGUCGGUGUUGCUGCCUUGGCUGGUACAAUCAUUGCUCGCAAGCACAACGUUGUCGUUCGCUUCUUGACCUCAAGUGCACUUGCCUACGGUGCUGCCGUCUACCUGUUGCCCAAGACCACCCACAACAUCGGUGUCCAGGCCGAGCGUUUGGAACAAAGAUACCCUGAGCUCCAGUCAGUCCACCACUCUGUUGACCAGGUCGUCCACGAGGUCCGCCAGGAAGUCGAGGGUGUUCUUGCUCAGCUCAGAGGUGCAGUUGACAGCAAUGCCAGCUCCCUUGCCAGCCAGUUCCAGUCCGGUCUCGACAAGGUCAAGGGUGAGACAUCUAAUGUAGAAAGCCAGGUGUCUGCCAAGGUUGAACAAGGCAAGAAGACCUUUUCGGAUGUCAAGAAGGAUGUUGAGAGCAUGUACUCUACUCGAUCCACUCCCGCUGUAGAGGAGACAUUGAAGAAGAGCAAGGAUUAAGAAAAUAAAAAUAAAUAAAAAUAAAAAUAUAAAGAGGGGACUCAGUGUGGAAAACC